AUGGCGUCUCCACAGUGGUCUACCUCCAUGCUGUUGGCUUCACUGAUCCUCCUUCUUUACUGGACGACCUCCUCUGCUCAGUCACGUGACUCCACCUCCACCGACCUCUCAGCCCUCGACAGGUUCAAGAGAAUCCUGUCUGAAGACACCAAAGACAAAACAGAAAAAGUCCUAAAUGUUGUAAAAGACUCUCUAAGUGUAAUGAAAGAUGUGUUGGAUUCCAUUAGAACUGACAAUAUAGCAGGUGUGUUGAAGGGGAUCUCUGGCUUUGCCAGCUUGGCGCCUGGCAUCGGAUCUCUUGUCUCUUCAAUCAUUAUGUUGGUCUUCGUUUUUAUCCCUCAGCGUGACCCGUUGAAGGAAGGGUUUGCUGAGGUGAACAGGAAACUGGACUCGCUCUCCCUCCAGAUCUCCAACCUGGCAACAGAUGUAGAAUGGUUCAACUACGCCAGCGUCUAUUCUCAAGAUGAGGUCCGCAUCCUCAACGCCUGGAAGAAGUUUGAAGAGUUCCGUGAGAACAGUGGGUUGGUAAACACUGCUGAAGACAAACUCCGACUGGCAGAGAUAUUCACCAACUACUAUGAGAACACAGCAGUUGAGGCCAGUGUGGCCAACCUCUACCAUUACCUGACAGUCAGCAGCACGUCUCUCAGUGGAAACCUCAACGACCUGCUGAGGAAGAAGUUUAAAUGUAGCAUUAGAGAGAUCGGUAAAUAUAACAUAUAUUUUAGCAGCUUGUUGUGGAGGGGGAUGGUACUCAACCAGCUCUACUGGGAUCUGAUUGGUUUUAACCCAUCAGACAAAGAAGCUGAACAAACCAAGAUGUUCAAGACCGUCUCCAAGGCUCAGAUCAGCUGUGGUCCCCACCUGUUCUUCACGCCACACUGUGCCAUCUUUCGCUGUCUCAGUCCCCAAACAAGCUCUCUUUUUAGAGCUUCCUGUGUUUCAUCACUCUUGACAUGCUUCAUAGCAUUCAAAAAUGGACUAUUCAACAUGCACAGCAAACGGAGGAUGUUCAUUGGUUCAUGGACCUCCCUGAACUAA